AACGGAAAAUGUUUUUCUAAAAAAAAAUAUGUCUGCCCUGUAGUUAGCUGACGGAUAUUUUCCCGUUGGAGAAGAAUUAGCGAGAAACCUGAAAAUGUCUUCAGAAGUGACAAACAACUGUUAUCCACCAGAGUCUGGGCAGUCGAGGAGACAGUUAGAGAUGUGCUGGCUCUGGGUCUAGUGAGGCCUCCAGACAUCUGGAGGGGAUGAAGCUGUUCAGCAUGCAGUUGCAACAUAGCUGAAUGGCCCUCACCUCUAAGUUGUGAAAGAAGGUGAAGAUGUCUGAGGAUAUGCUACGUGCUCUGAUAUCACAGUGCGGAGGCUCAGCUUUCUAGUAACACAUCAUUUCACCUCCAUCUCUCCAUGACAUCAGCUCCCAUCUACACGCAUCCAGCUGUGGGGGCUGGGGCUCUGUAUGGACGUGUCAGGACUCUGAUUGCAUUUGAAACACACACUGUAUGUGUGUAAGUGUGUGUGCUUUUCACUACAAACAAAGAGAUCUCAGCUGAGACCCUGCGGUGUCGUGUACGCAUGGAGGCUGAUCGGUGGAGGCUUUCUGUCUUGAUCUAGAGGUUGUAGUUCAUCAUUUCAAACCAGCAUCGUCUGCAGGCCUGACGGAGCGCCACGGCUUCUCAACAGAGCAUAGACCUUCUAUUCAAGGAGCCUGGAGCUGCACGAACAGAAAGAGAGAGGGAGAGGGGGAGAGAGAAAAUAAACACGGGUUAAAAAAAGACGCUCUUCAUGAAUUCCCCAAAAACUUGAAAGGCAAAUACUGCAACUUGGCUGGCGAUCCUGAGGAGGCAUGCGGACAAUGAGUAUGGCUUUGCUCUGUCUCCCAGCCUACACUUUUCUACUUGUUGGUUGCUUUCAUAUAGCUGCCACAGAAAGUGAUGUCACCCCACGCCUCACCUUCUCCUACAAUGCGAAGGAGAGAACAACUAGAAGUUUCUCAGUCGACGGGGUCUUCAACUACACCUCUCUCCUCCUCAGUAAAGAAGACAACAUGCUGUACGUCGGAGCUCGGGAGAUUCUCUUUGCUCUCAACCUCUCUGAUAUCAGUGCAGUCAAGCUACAAAGAAAUCUCACAUGGAAAACUCCAGAGAGGAAGAGAGAAGAGUGCAGUUUCAAAGGGAAAGACCUGCAGACGGAUUGCUUCAACUACAUCAAGAUUUUGCUACAUAUGAACAGCACUCAUCUGUAUGUGUGUGGAACAUACGCCUUCAGCCCCAUCUGUGCUUACAUAAACACUGCAGACUUCUCCCUCGUCAAGAGCAAUACUGGUGAGAUUGUCACAGAGGACGGACGAAGCCGCUGUCCCUUCAACCCUGAAUACAAGUCCACUGCCAUCAUGGCUGAUGGAGAGCUGUACGCCGGUACAGUCAGUAAUUUCCAAGGAAAUGAACCCAUCAUUUACAAGAGUCUAAGCCAAGGAACUGCUCUAAAAACAGAAAACUCACUGAACUGGCUUCAAGACCCGGCCUUUGUCGGCUCUGCCUACAUACAGGAGAGCCUGCCCAAGGGCAACCUAGUGGGCGAUGAUGAUAAGAUUUACUUCUUCUUCAGUGAAGCGGGAAAGGAGUUUGAUUUCUUUGACAACACCAUUGUGUCACGCAUCGCUCGCGUGUGUAAGGGUGACUUGGGAGGCGAGAGGGUUCUGCAGAAGAAAUGGACAACCUUCCUGAAGGCUCAACUCUUGUGCUCUCUGCCCGAUGACGGCUUCCCCUUCAACAUCAUCCAAGACAUGUUUGUGCUGACACCGAGCCCCGAGGACUGGAAGAACACUGUGUUUUAUGGAGUGUUCACAUCUCAAUGGUACAAGGGUGCUUCAGGAAGCUCUGCAGUGUGUUCCUUCACUAUGGACCAGGUAGAAAAAGCGUUCAAUGGCCGAUACCGCGAGGUCAACAGAGAAACACAGCAGUGGUACACAUACAACCAUCCAGUCCCAGAGCCUCGACCUGGAGCGUGUAUCACAAAUGCUGCCAGAGAGCAGGGCAUCUCGUCCUCACUACACAUGCCGGACAAGGUGCUGAAUUUUGUGAAAGACCGCUUCCUGAUGGACAACGUGAUCCGCAGCCAGCCUCUCCUGCUGAAACGUAAUGUCCGCUACACGCAGAUCGCUGUCCAUCGAGUCUGGGCAGCACACAAGGCUUAUAAUGUGCUCUUUAUUGGCACAGAUGAUGGGAGACUUCAUAAAGCCAUCAAUGUCAACAACAAGAUGCACAUCAUCGAGGAGAUGGUGCUCUUCCGUGACUCCCAACCAGUGCAGCACAUUGAACUGGACUCUGAAAAGGGUCAGCUUUAUGUUUCCUCUUUCUCUGAACUGGUGGAGGUCCCAGUAGCUAACUGCACUAAUUAUCAGAGCUGCGGGGAGUGCAUCCUCUCCAGGGAUCCUUACUGUGCCUGGAACGGGAGGCAAUGUGUUGAUGUCAGACAGGCUCCACCAAACAAUGCGUGGCAGCAGGAUGUAGAUGAAGCAGACACAUCAGCUAUUUGCAACAAGACAGUGCCUAGCCCACGGUUUGCUAAACCUCCACCUACACGAAUGUCUUCAUGCCAGGUGAUCAUUAUCCCAGCCAACACAUUCAAAGUACUGCCUUGCAAGCUGCGCUCUAAUUUGGCUGAAAGGAAGUGGGAGUUCAGUGAGAGCGCAGGUCACUUCCAUUACCCCAGCCCAGAGGGGGGGCUGGUAGUGGUAGCUCAAGCUGACAAACAGGAAACCUACGAGUGCUGGUCAGUGGAAGAAGGCUUCAGACAGCUGCUGGCAAACUACUGUGUGAGGGGCGAGGCCAAGCAAGAGAGCACCACCCUGACAGGCCGUUCACAUACGCCACAGAUCUCCCAGGAUGAGUUCAUCAUCCUGCCUGGCAAAGCCCGCUCACCGCAGAUCAACACCAAGACCUACUGGAAUGAGCUCAUCGUGGUGUGUGCCCUCCUGGCGUUUUCUCUGGUGGUCUUCUCCCUAUUCGUGGUCUACAGGAACCGCGACCACAUGAAGUCCAUGCUCAAGGAGGGCGAGUGCCCCAACAUACAGCAGAAGAAGCCCAGAAUAGUAGGGAAACCGGCUGAGAACUUGCCACUCAACGGCAACACAGUCACAGCAUCAGCGUCAGAUCACAAGGGCUACCAGACCCUUAACGACAACUACAUCUGCAGCACUCCGCCGCACGAGUGCUCAUCGCCCGACAACAGCAAGAGCUUCUCAGAGUCAGAGAAGAGGCCUCUGAACUUGAAGGAGAGCCAUGUAGAGAUAUCUCCCACGUGCCCACGGCCACGAGUGAGGCUGGGCUCUGAGAUUAAAGACUCUAUAGUGUGAGGCCGGCUUCAUGUUAUGUGGAGUGACUCAAAUUAAACUGAAAAGAAAGAGUGCACUUGCUGAGAAAGACAAACCCUGAUACGAAGGAAAACUGAGGAACACAUCAGACUCUUCAUAGAGGGACAUUUCAUUACACAGAUUUUGCACUUUGUCUUACUUUUGUUCUGUUCCUGUGGUCCAUGUACAUUUCUUUUUAUUUUCCUGUCACUGCCCCUCAUUCAAGUGCAUUCGAGGCAUGCUGAAGAAGUUCCAGUUUGCCUUCAGACUUUUUUUUGCAUUUUUUCACGUAUGGCUCACAGAUAGAAUGUAACAAACGUAUGGUAGAGGUGGUAUCGCAACAUGAUUAAAUAAUUGAAUUUCAUUGCAUUGCCACUCAGUCCGUCCAUAAAAUCCUAAUGGUAAUGCUUUGAAAGGCAGAGUGAUUUUCAAACAUGUUCCCACUAACAGCUUACACAGUGUUGGCUGUUUUUUUUUUAUUCUGUCAUCUGGUAAGAGCCUACCUUUCGCUGAGGCUAUGCACUAUGUACUGUACUGUAGCAAGGUAAACACUCACACCAGAAUAGACGUUAACAUGUCAGUUGGCAUGCAAGAGAGAGAGAGAAAAAAAAAGUCCUGUUACACAGUUUCUUAGAUAGCCAGUGUGCAUUCACAGAAAUAUACUCAUUGUUUAGGCUUCAAUAAAAUAAGGACAGAUGCUGAAUUCAGAGAAGAAGAGCUGUGCUGAGAGAUUAAAUAGUUGAUCAAAAAGAUUUAUUAAGUGGAAGAAAAACAAAAACAAGAAAUCACCUCAGCAGAAAUGUUGUAGAGACUCUCACCACCUCAAUCACUACACACCAAAAAUAGAUUAUUAUAUACAGUAGUCAUAAAUGAAGACUGACAAAUAUUUUUUAGUAUUGGUAUUAUUAGUCGAUACAAAUAUUUCUCUGUUGAAGCUUCACUUUCAGCAGAGUUGUUGUCUUUUUCACCAAAUGUGAUAAAAGGGAGAAAAAAAAAAAAAGAGAAGCCCAUUCCAGGUAUUUUCAUGCUGUUCUUCAUGAGAUAGGCAGUCUAUGCAAAGCAAAUAAUGUGAAGUGAGGUAAACACCAAGAAAAACCUCACCUCGAGACUGAGUAAGCACAAAGGUGUUGGCGCUGUUAAUUACUUUAGGAUCAGUGGCACUGCAAACACACACCCAAGCCCACACGCAUACACACACAUAUUCACUCUCAUUACACUAACUGUAAGUAUGCAAGAGAUUUUAGCCAUUCUGGUGGAACAGGAAGAUAAUAAAACUCUCUGAAAGACGUGGCGUCACAAAAAAACAGACGAUAAGAGACGAGGGUCCAGUAUAAUAAUAUAAUUCUUUGGCUGCUGAUUUAUCUCAACAUGGUAAAUGAUUAUAAAUAUUUAUUAUAACUAUGUGGCCAAAAGUGUCUUUUACAGAGACAUUUUUUUUUCAUAAUCAUUCUUUAAUGUUUGAAAUAUCUUUCGCUGUUCACAAAGGGAAAUAACAAUAAAUAUAAAUACACCUGUUCAUAGUCUGAUUUUAAAUAACACACAUCUGUACAGCCUUGACUUUUUUCUUGUUCAUGAAUGGAAGAAAAUUACAUCUGCUUGCUUAAAUGGUUUUAAAGUCAACCAUAAAAGCAAUAACUUUCAUUCUCAUCCAGUAAUAAGCAUAAGAGUUAUGCCUUUUAAUGAUAAUCUUUCCUUACAAUGUAAUAAUUAUAAACCAUGAUCCAACAACUGUAUGAGUGCAAGCUUUCUCAGCAGUGUGUCAGUGUAACAUGAAAGCAUUUUUAAAACUCAUGCAACAUUAUUUAAGUCCCAUUUGGCUCUAGUAUUGUAUGAAGAUCAAAGUUUCACAAAUGAGAGAUGGCAUACUGCUCAACUCAGAAUGCAUAAGAUUUUGCACAUGAUGUUCGAAAAGCCUUAGUCUAAUGCAGGUCACAGAUUUGAUAACAAUUCUGCCUUUGGGGAAAAUGGAUAAUGCCUUCUGAAACAAUAAUCAAGAGAUGUGCCUCUUGGGGAUAAUAAACUAACCAGGUAAUAGUGCUGUGGAGUACAAUGCUAUAUAUCGUAGGGAUGACAGGACUGGCCAUGCUCAGAAACCAGAGUGAAUACAUGUAAUUUGAUACUGUCAGCAUUGUAUAGUAUGUGCUUAUGAGUUGUUGUUUUUUAUGUUAUUUUUUGUUACAGUGGCUCAGUCAGGGACUAAAUUGUAUUCUUUAAGGUGUAGCACAUUAAAAAAAACCACUGGCUGAUUUUGAUAUAUUAAAACAUAGAUAAGCAUAGUAUUACAUUUGUUAUAAAUGGCACUGCAAAACUGGCUCUGUGUGAAUUUCAAAGACUGGUCGGCUAUCAUCAAUCAUGCAGUAUGAAAUUAUUCAUGCUUUGACUGUUAUUAAAAAAAACAUAAACAAAUGGCAGCUUUUUUGGUGAAGUGGCUGUCAUCAGAACAAUAUUAAAUUUGCUAAGUGCAGAACAAACACAAAGUGGCAGUGAUUUAGUAAAAAUAUGUGCAGGUACUGAACAUGCUUUUAUCUGAGUACAAGCCUAAACUACUCUAUUGGUUCAUAAUACUCUGAAUGCCACAGUAAACGUAUCGUCAUGUGAGCUGUCUCAAUGAACCACUAUAGUCAGGCCUUCUAUUUGUGACAGUACAAGUUGCUCACUCUUGUCAACAUGUAUUGUAAGUAAAAGAGUUUUUAUGUAAAUUUGUUUUGUAAAUUCAGCUGCCAAUGUAAAAAAAUAUUGUGAAUUGUAUUUUUUUGUA